AUGAACUCGCCCAAGGAGCAAGAGGUCUUCCAUCCCUCUUCUGUCCCCGUCAAUCGCGCAAAGAAACAGCGCGAGGGUCGAAAACGCUCGUGCCAGUGUUGCUUCUACGUGGCUACAGUCCUCUUUGCCCUGCUUGGAGCCGUGGUCGUCCUUGGAGGAGGCUAUCUGAUUGCCAAAUUAACUCUCGGGUUCCUAUUCCCACUCAGAGAUCUCGCCCUCCCUCACAAACACACCCAGCCCUUCAAUGCUUCCCAAUUGCAUCCGCUCAUCAACUCACAAUCCACGUUCGAUAUCCAUGCAACGGUCCUCGAAGAUGUCACCGACCUGCUUGCUCGGGGCGAAAAGCUCCCAGACGACCAACUGUGGCAGACCUACGAACAAACGCUAAACACGCGAGACACCAAAGGCGUUCAGUCCAACUUUACACGGACAGACGUCGUUGUUUGGUCUGGAAAGGUAAUCGAGGGGGCUACCAUCGACUCGAAGAUACAUACUUCCAUUCCACUGCGCAUUCCAGUGCAGCCGCUCUACACCAACAAGUUAGGAAGGUCGUCUCUGCGAGCCAUCUUCAGUGUCUCAAUACCCGACGAGCAAGCCAAGACACUCGGCACGUUCUUCAACGUUUCUUACAUUCUUUCUGAUCGCGCACCGAUCCUGCCCAAACGAAGCAACUAUGCUCACUGGCCGACCGAUCUGAAUACUGCUCUCAUCGACGCCGGCAUCUCGACUUCGUUGCUCGAGCUCGUCCCGUCGCCCUUCUACAGAACAGACUCCGAGGGCUCGCCGGUCGAACGUACGAUUGACAACCGCAGUCAUAUAAGUCCGUUCUUUGACAGACACCCUCGAAAUCUUCACUUCCUGCAAGCAAGCUCCGACCAGGUCAACCAAGCAGCCGAAGGUCGACUUCCAGAAUAUCGAAACGGCGAUGCGAGGAUCCUGAUCCCUCACUUUAGGACGAGAUCGCGUGUCGGGCUGGUCAAGAGCAAAGAUGCAUUUGUCUAUGAUGAUGCCAUGUUGCAUCAGUUUGAAGGCAAGCAUAGGCUCAUGCGAACGUGUAACAACCUGGACAGUGCUGAGUGCGAACGGCCAUACUGGAAGCAUGCGUUUGAGUCGCUGUUCACUUUCACCAGGGCAGACUCUGAAGACCACGUCGAUGACAAGGACACGGGAAGAACGCAGCCAGACGUUUCAGCUGCAGCAGCGUCAGCCGUCGACAGCAAGAAAGAACAAAAAGCGCACUUUUACGGACCGGUGCUCACCCAAGUCUCGACACCAGCCGCAUCUCAAUUCCUUCGUCGCAUUCCGCAACGAGCGCCUACAAUCGAUGGUGCACACGAGCCUCAAAUCGUGCGAACAAACGCAAGCGCAGCAUGUGCCAUCCCUGCUGCCUCUUUGGAUGCCUCUCGCCAGUACUUUGAGUUUGACUGGCAGAUUUACUUCAGCAGUCACACGCUGAGACGAGUCCUGUUAGCCGAGUCGUCAUUCCCAACCAUAGUGUGGUCUCCUCCUUUACCCCUGGGCCCGGGCGAGGAGGGUGAUAGAGAGAUCGCCGCCAACUCAGUGCCCACUGAAGCUGCGACUCACAUGGUCGGACGGCUGCUUACAGGUGAUCGACUGCACUCCAAAGAUCAUCCUACUCCUCUCGUCAUCGGUAGCACGAUGGCAGUGAUUUGGCACUUCUUUUUUGAUGAGAUUCUGCUGAUCUGGUUCUGGUAUACUCGAAGAACGAGCACAGGUCUAUGGAUCGAAGCACAGUGGACUUGGAUUGUCAUCGUGAUGCUCAAGUUUGCUGUGGAACUGGCUGAUUAUGUCACGGCUGGCCAAGAGGGUUCCAUUAUCCUACUCCUAUACAGCGGGAGCCCUUUGAUUCACGUAAUCUUCAUGGUCACCACACUGCUUCACCUGAAGCGACCUGCAGACUACACCGGAUUUUGGUCGAACCCUCUUGCUUUCCGUCGUCGUCGCCUGACUCGACGCGAAGUUAAGAGCAUCAACCUGGCAAAAUCAAUCGACAAGCGACCUUUCUACGUGCUCUCCGCAGCCCUGGUCCUGAUCUGUCUCGGCAACGAGUAUUGGAUCUCCAUUCUCAAUCCUGCGGAACGCUGUGUACUCGGCGAUACAGAUGUGAAAGUCUCGUUGGCUCUCAGCCGACGCAUGUUCCAAGAGGCUACCCAAGCACUGACUCGGGCUCUGUUGCAAACACAGCUGCUGGCGCAGGCUUACUUCAACAACCGAUCUUCGACGUUCACCGGCUGUUUCCGCAUCUCUGCUAUCGGAACGGCGGCUCUUGCGUCCUUUGAGAUGCUCGUCGAGUGCUUGGCAUUGUUCUCAAGCUGGGCAGACCAACGUCAUACCUCUCCUAUUCGUCUUUACGAUUUUGUGGAGCUUGCCUUGUUGAUCCCGUUUGCGUACCAGGCUGUGCGGUACAAAGGCGUACCUCAGGUCGAAGUCGAGGACGAGGACGAGGAGUAG